CCGUGGUCGUCCAGUUCUUUCCCCCGACCCCCUGUUUUCCUCUGUUUCCCGUGGUCGUCCCCUGUUUCCUCUUCUCCUUCUCCCCCGACGACUUCUCUUCUCCCCUGACGAUUGAGUUCGAUCCUCAGGUGAAUCAGGCGCAUCGACGAACCCUAAUCCGACGUCUGGCGCAUCGACUACUUCUCCUAUGUUCUUCUUCCUCCGUCGCGUGAUGGAUUCGUCUGCACACGAAGGAGGUGGGGUUAGCCAAGUUGAAGAACCAGAAGGGGACGAACCAACUGAAUAUCGUCCACGAGGUCUCUGGAAUGACUCAGCCCGAGUGUCCCUAGGAAGUCAUGCAAUCCUACAUACAUUACCAGACUGUCUUUCAAGCGUUGGAACAAAACUGUGAAGCAGUUUAGUGAUAUUCAGUUAGGCCAUGUGAGAAAGUACAAAAUGGAAACUCUGCUUCAUAUGCCAAAGAAACCUAACAUUCCAAUGAAUCUGCUUGAAUGGAUAGAUCAACAUAUGUUUGGAAGUAAAGAGCCCUGUUUCAAGCAUAAGAAUAAAAUUAUCAAGAUUACUAAAGAUAUGGUUGACAAAAUUUUCGAUUUCCUUGGUGGCACCGUGCCUUUUGUAUUCAGUAGCGGCGAUCCCCAAGUGAAGGCAGAGGUUACAGAGUUAAGGAACAAGUAUGUUGAUCAUCGGAACAAAAUGCCAAUCAACAAAAUAGAGGAGGUGAUGCUUGGUGAUGAGACAGAAGAUGGAUUUAUCAGGAGCUUCGCAUUUUAUUUCCUACCAUCUAUUUUGUGCCCUGCAUCAUACUGCUUUGGUAACAUGAAGUUCUUGUACUCUCUAAGAGAUGUUUCUGCUAUCCCUUCACUUGACUUUGGGCAACUGGCACUGGAUUUCAUGCGUGAGGAGUCAGAGCGUCAUUUUGAAAUGAUCAUGAACAGACCAAGUGUUGAGGAAAUGAACAAGUCUUCAUAUAUUGGGGGAUGUCUUCCUAUUUGAGGAAUCAUUUAUCUGGAUUUUAUUGAUCUUGAUGUUAUUGAGAAUCAUCAGUCAACUGUGGAUUAUUCUCUUCCUCGGAUAUGUCAUGUUAAGACUGAAGAUUUCAAGUAUCUCGCAAUGGUUGAUAGGAAUUAUGAGUCUAGGAAAAAUUACGGGGUUUUACCACUGCGAGACAUAUCACGCACACCAUAUGCAAAUGUGGUGCAUGUUAACAAUGCUCCUGAUGCUGCUGGUGUGUUUAAUUCAGUUCCUUCUGUGGAGGUCAACAAUGCCAAUAGUGUUCCUGAAGCUCUCAAUGAGAACACGUCAAUUGAUUCAAAAAGUCCUCAUAUCAUUUCAGAAGGUCCCAGUUGCACUGCAAAAGUUGAACCAGAUGUAAAAUUUAAACCAGAGCCACAUUUGAAAUCAGAGGUCCCCUCCAAUGAUGUAGUUAAGAACGAGCCAAUCGGACCAAAAUUUGAGAACAUUUCUGUCCUGAAUUCGACGUACCAAACACCAUUUUUUCCUAUCAAUGGUACACCUCUGAAUACCAACUCUGUUGAGCAACCAACUACUUCACAACCUAAGCAGGAAGAAAUUUUUCUAUCGACUGAAGCACCUGAUAUCAAAUUUUCUAGUGGAGUUAAUGCAAAAAGAAGUUUUAUAUUGAUUAGUUCCUCUUCUCCAAAUGAAAGUGUGAAGCGCUCCCAAGGGACUCCAAUCGUUAUUCAGGAUGAUUCUCCUAUCACUCCUGCUGCUGCGACUAAUGAAGACAUACCAGCCUCUCACUGUGAUACAAGUGUAGGAAUCCCAAUGAACAUGGACUUUGCUAUCCAACAAGGCUAUUCUACAAUGAAUAAUGCAGAAGCUGGACCGAGUACAGGAACUAAUACAAUUGAAAAGAAGAACAGAAAGAAAAGAGCAGCUAAACUUCAAUCCCCCGAUCCACCCAAGAAACUCAAAAUCUCUCGUGAAGUGGAUAUCUUCUUUUCCAAAUAUCUGAGGAAGCCUAUCUUCCAAGAAUACACUCUUUUUGUUGACAUAGAGGGUUUUCCUGUAAGCUAUGAGAAUUACUUAAAUUCAUUUAAAGCGAGGGGUGAGAUUGGAGAUGAAGUGAUGAACUCAUUUAUUCAAGUUCUUAACUACGAAUCAAAGAUGUCAUCUGAAGUAAAGCCUUCUGUCAAGAAGUACUGUUUCACUUCGUACUUCACUAAUAAAUUGUUGGUUCCCCCUGAGUUAUUUGAUCCAGUUUCGUGCAUACGAGAAUUUGACAGGAUUAAUUAAGAAGAAAGCCUCUGGAAGCAAGACUUGGUAAAUCUUUUUCAACUUAUUCAAUGUUAAGCAAGAUCUAUUCUAUUUGUUUUUAUACUCAUUCUGCUUUUUCUUGUUGAACAAUUAUACUUCCAUGCUAUAAAAUCAAACCAUUGGGUUAUACUUUCCAUUAACUCUCUCUUUGAGAGAUCUCACUUUUUUGAUCCCUGUGGCACCAUUCUGGGAACUACCCAAGAAGAACUUGUCUACAACUUGGCAUGACUCAGGCCACUAUCUGCCUUUGUACAUCGAAAAUUUUGAAGGCAAAGCUAUGAAGACUUUCAGUGUGUGUCUUUAUACCCAGGCCAACAUUCUGAAGUACAGGAUGAUAUCUGUGUUCAAGUUAUUCAAAAGCACUUUGAACAAGCUGAAGGAAGAAGAUCUGCCAAUAGCAAAUUGACUUUUUCCGCAAGAUGCAUCUGCAAACAUUUUGAAUGUGUAAUUGAUCGGAGAAGAGCAUGCAUUUUCAUGUCUGCAAUAGUUUCAUCUGUAAUCAUAUGGUAGUAGAUAGUACUAGUUGUUUAAACAUAUGUCACCCGCGAGCAACUGCUAUACUCUUUUGGAUAUCUACUCUUCUUCAGGAACUAUAUAGUAUCUAUGUUGCAAUUA